GAUUUGCGGUGUCCACUGUCAGCGCAGACUAAUCAAAAGUGAACAAAUUAAAGCAGCUUAGUUAGAGAAAAAGUUUUUCUAGACCCCAACGUUUCUGUUUGAUUUUUUUUUAAUUUUUUUAAUUUUUGGUGGUUGUUCAAAGUGAAAACUACGAUUUUUCACGAUAAAAUCCGCCAUUUUGUAGCUGUUAAACCUCCCCAAAGUAACAAACAACGAAAAGAAAAACGUUGGGGUCUGGUUUUUUAUAUGUAGAAAGUGUUUGCAAAAUUUGGAAAAAAUUGGUGCAUAAGUUUUUGAAUGACGAUGGACACGGACUUUCAAAACCUGCUCUCGAGGAAAACGCUUUUGAAGGUUUUUGUCUAUGAAAUCAAUGCAAACAAUUAAUUACUCCAGGGAGUCCGUAUGGUCUAACAUUUUCAAAAAAUCAUAUUUUUUCUUUUAUAAUUUAUUAUAACGAAACAUUUCAAGAAUGUUUUGUCAAGUUUUGAAGUCAAUCGAAGUAGAAAUCUUGGGCCUGUGCGCCGAGCUCUUGCUGAGAUAGCCAUAGAUAAUGGUCCAUAACUUUCAUAAUUUCGUUCCAGGCUUGAGAAUUUCACAGAAAAUUCUUCAAAUGUUUUACUAUAAGAAAAUAUAAAAAAAAUAAUAAAUGAUUUUUCAAAAGUGUUAGACCCUACCCGCCCCUUAAGUUUCUAGAGAAUACAAAAAAAUCUGAUGCCUCCAAAAAACGAUCGCAGUAGGCGUGCGCGUCGGAAGAGAAGAAUUUUCGUUCCCCUCAAUUUUUUUCGAAAUACUUUUUCUAAUUUUUAUAGUCUUCGUGAUUGUGAUUCUAUGCUGAGUAGAAGUGAAUUUUAGUUUCAAAUUCACCUGGUUGCCACAUUCAUUGAAUAUGUCGUACCCCCAUGGACCGGCAUAGAACUCAAAGUGUGAAGUGCUAAAUUGAUAAGCAACCUGACGACGAGACGGUGGAAUCGUCAGCUCUGAGCGACUUCCCAUUAGCUCCAAUAACUUCGCUGAAGGGGGAUCGUCAGAAUUGUUAUUGACGUUUGGAAGAUCCAGUUUUGUUUUAUUUUUAUUUUUGAGGUAUCAUCACAACGACACCAAAAUGAUGUCCAGAAAGCUGAUAGAUGAAUCGGCGGGCAACAAGUUACGUGACACGUCCGAUCAGUACGUGAUCAGCAACUACGGCUACGGCAAAGAUAGUGUCAAAGUACUGCAUGUGGUACGGAAUGGUCUUGUUCACAGUAUUAAAGAGUUCGAGGUCGGCACAAAACUUAAGCUGGCCAGUCAAAAGGAUUAUCUGCAAGGCGACAACUCAGAUAUUGUGGCGACAGAUUCUCAAAAGAAUACCGUUUAUCUGCUAGCUCGCAAGCAUGGUCUGAAGUCUCCCGAAGAAUUCGGCAUGCUGCUAUGUAGUCACUUUUUAGCAAAAUACUCGCACGUAAACGAAGUUUCGAUUCACAUUGACGAAUAUCCGUGGUCUCGGAUGGGAUUCGGAAAGGGACCCUACCAGGACCUGCAUAAUCAUGCCUUCGUUUUCACACCUACCGCGAUUCGCUACUGUGAUGUGACCCAGAAACGUGGUGACCGUAGUCCCACCGUAAUCAGUGGCCUCACGGACUUACGGGUUCUCAAAACAACCCAAUCGGCAUUCGUAAACUUUGUCGACGACGAAUAUCGCUCACUGCCGGAUCAGCACGAUCGUAUCUUCAGUACAGUGGUGCGAUCGUCGUGGCAAUACUCGACCGUUCAGGAUGUGGAUUUCGACUUCUGCUGGAACAAAGUGAAACACUGCAUCCUGGACAACUUUGCCGGCGAAACAGUCAAAGGGAUCUUCUCACCAAGUGUUCAAAAUACUCUGUACCUGGCGGAGAAGCAGGUUCUCCAAAGUAUUCCGGAAAUUUCGUCCAUCGACAUGACGAUGCCGAACAAGCACUACUUCAGCUUUGACUUCAGCAAGUUUCCCAAAGUGAUCAACGGAGACGAACUGAAGGAGGAAACCGUUUUCCUGCCAGUCGACAAACCGGCGGGCAUUAUCUAUGCGCAGUUGGAUCGUAAAUCGACAAUGAAAAGUAAACUUUAGUUCUAUCAUCGAUCUAUUUUUGCUAUGAUUAAGUUUCUACGAUUAUAUGUUAAAUCUGAAAUAAAAAAAAACCAUGAACUUUU